CCAAUGAGCUGACGGUGGGGAAGGUGUAUGCAGCCCUGAUGAUCUUUGACUACUACAAGCAGAACCGAGCGCGGAGGCUGCGGCUGCAGCAGCAACAGGGCACUUCAGGCUCACAGUGCAAGGUCGGGGCUCUGUUUAAGCCAUUGCUGCCUCUGACUCACAUGCAGGAGAAAGAUCUGCCUAUGAUUCUAAACAGUGUGGAGCCUCCCAGCAUGCUUCAGCCCAAAUCCAAGACCCAGCUAGAGACCGGACCUAGCUCCAACUCCCUGAACAACAGAGGCACGCU